AUGGCCAUCCUAGAGGAGGACGUACUCAAGCCGAAAGACCCCUCUCUCCGCAAUUCAGAUGAGUGGCCAACUUUUAAUUUCAAGAAGAUCAAUGUCACCUCUUCCAAGACCGGAGAGCAGGCGAGUUUAUUGUCAGCACACAAAGGCCAUCCCGUCACAGUAUCGGGGAAACUCGACGAGAUCGACAGUGACUUACUUCCACUUGUACGAGACAGGCGAUACCACGAGAAAGCUAUUGAGCUCAAGAACGUCACAACGUACGCGUUCGCCGAAUAUGAAGAUGGAUCCUACGGUUUCUGGGCGGCAGGAAAGGCAGGCUGGUUUGAGAUUCAAAGUCCAGCAUCCUCAUACAAGGAGACAUAUUCUUUGAUGAACGAGGCGGCAUCCAUGUUCUACAUGCUCGCAGACAAGUUGAGGAGAGCGAUCAGGAAGCGUCCAAAGCUUAAUGCAAAAGAAUUGGACAAGUACACUAGAGCGUUGUUCAAAGAGUACCUCGCGUCGGGAAAAUCAUUGCGCCUUUCUGACGCGGACGACGUUCGAGAAGCUUUCCACGAGCAUCGGGGAUUUCUGAUCACCUCGAUGCUCGAAUGUCAAGAGGGAUUGGACUGGGCCCAAACGCCGAUGCUGAAUUAUUAUGAGUCGAAGUUUUCUGACGAGUAUAGUAAAAUUGAAGCGAGGGUCUUUGGAACCAACAAUGCUUUAAAAGCCGCCUCGUUAGAAAAUAGAGACAAUUCAAAGAAGAGAAAGUCACAAUCGCCACACACAGAAGAACCUAAAGAUAAGAAGACGCGUAAAGGCAGAGCAGCAGCCCAAGUGGACAGUCAAUUGCCCGGAACACCUCCCUCAAAACAAGUCCUAGAUUCAGCCUCUUCGGACGAAGACGGCGUUCGCAAUGUUCUCACCCGCAAGCACAAGUCAAUUUUGCAACCAAGCGGAGGCAAGACUGCGCGAAAAGCUGCAGGUCGUCGAAAGAGUCUUUUCGCGGUGGACGACCUGAGUGAAGGUCCUCACGGAGAGGAGCAAAAUGACGAGGACUCACAAUUCUUCGAAGGAUCUCCCAUCACAACGAUACAUACGGCCGAAGACUUGGAGCUCUUAACGAACCCUCCAAGAGAAAGCUCUCCGGAAGAUGCUCACGGCCUGAAAUAUCUUCCACGAAAGUACCUGGAGUUGAGGGUAGUCGAGUAUGACCUGCCGUCCAUGGAGCCUCAAGGUCCUGGAGAUUUAUGGACUUGCACCCUCGAAGGUUGUUUCCAUCGAGUACAUGAAGCCUCGAAACCGGCCGGCAAGGCGAGGAUUAUGGAACAUUUCAAGACGCACGCUACUCAAGCUCAAGAGAAGAUCGACUUGGCUCUCAACGAGAGUCGGCCGUAUUUGCCCGUCAACAAUCUUGUACGCCGAUUGCAAGCAUUUGCCCCUGACCCUGGGACUGAGCUUGCUCCGGACACCCUUCAGCGCAAGUGGCAGCCUCCGAUCAGGCGGAGAUACUAG